AUGCGCUUUUCAAUCUCUCUAGUCCUAUUAUUUUCACUUUGCCUUGGCCAUGGCAUUGUUGAACUUGAAGCAUCACAUUGCAUUUACGACCAACUUCAGAUUUCUCUAAAUGUUUCUUCUAAUUCUACAGAUCAACCUUACAGAACUGGUUAUCAUUUCCAACCUCACAAAAACUGGAUCAAUGAUCCCAAUGGAGUUAUGAUUCACAAUGGAAUUUAUCACUUGUUCUACCAAUACAAUCCCAAAGGUGUGGUGUGGGGCAACAUUGUGUGGGCUCAUUCUACAUCCGAAGAUCUCAUCAACUGGGUUUCACAUGAACCGGCCAUCUCCCCUUCUCAGAAAUACGAUGAAAAGGGCUGCUGGUCUGGUUCUGCCACAAUUCUUCCUGGAGACAAACCGGCCAUUUUGUACACUGGCAUUGACCUUGACAACAACCAGGUUCAAAAUUUAGCUUUCCCCAAGAAUUUAUCCGACCCUUAUCUUAUAGAAUGGGAAAAGUUCCCAAAGAACCCACUGAUGGCACCUGAUUCCAAAAAUGGCAUCAAUGCGAGCGCAUUUAGAGACCCUUCCACCGCCUGGCAAGGCCCUGAUAAAGCCUGGAGAGUCGUCAUUGGAAGCAAAAACGAUGAUUUGGGGUUGGCAAUUCUUUUCAGGAGUGAAGAUUUUAUAACUUGGUCCCAGGCUAAACGCCCUCUACAUUCUGGCAAGCACACAGGAAUGUGGGAGUGUCCUGAUUUUUACCCGGUGGCAGUUGAUAAUGUUACUGGUCUUGAUACAUCAACUCUUGGAAGUAAUGUUAAGCAUGUGCUGAAGGUCAGCUUGGAUAAUACUAAGCAUGAUUAUUACACAAUUGGGAAUUAUAAUUACAGGACUGAUAAAUAUAUUCCUGAUAAUGGCUCCAUUGAAGGAGACAGAGGAUUGAAAUAUGAUUAUGGGAAGUUUUAUGCUUCCAAGACUUUCUUUGAUAGUGCUAGGAAUCGGAGAGUCUUGUGGGGAUGGAUUAAUGAAUCAUCAAGUGUGAAGGAUGAUGCUAAAAAGGGAUGGUCUGGACUUCAGGCCAUUCCCAGGACGGUUUGGCUUGAUAAAUCCGGAAAGCAGUUGAUACAAUGGCCAGUAGCAGAACUUGAGAUGCUUCGCGAUAAUGAAAUACAUUUACAGCACAAGUCGCUGGAUGCAGGAUCAACCCACGAAAUAACAGGCAUCACAGCUGCACAGGCAGACGUUGAUAUUUCACUUGAGAUAACUGACAUUAACAAAGCAGAAGUGAUCAAUUUAAAAAGGCACCAUGCUCAAAAGCUUUGCAAUGAAAGGAAUGCAUCAGCUAAAGGCAGUCUUGGUCCAUUUGGGUUGAAAGUUUUGGCCUCUAAUGAUUCUCAAGAGUUCACAGCAGUGUUCUUCAGAAUCUUUAUACGCAAAGCUAGCAAGCAACCGGUUGUGCUAAUGUGCAGUGACCAAAGCAGAUCUUCCUUAAACAAUGACAAUGACAAGACUACUUAUGGAACUUUCUUGAAUGUGGAUCCCGUUUCAGAGAAAAUAUCACUAAGGAGCUUGAUUGAUCAUUCAAUAGUGGAGAGCUUUGGUGGAGGAGGCAAGAGUUGCAUCACAGCCAGAGUCUAUCCAAAGUUGGCGGUUGAUGAUAAAGCUCAUUUGUACGUUUUCAAUAAUGGGACCGAAGCCGUAAAGGUUGCGAGCUUGAAGGCUUGGAGCUUGAAGGAUGCUCAUAUUAAAUGAAGCAAAAAAAGAGAAUUUUCAGAGGUUUUACACAACCAAAGGAAAAGAGCAAAACUUGCACGAUAUAAUGAGGAUAUGAUAGCCCAUCGACAGUUUUUUUUUUUUUUUCUCCCCUGGAACAAUAGUAGAUGAACAUAGCUUACAUAAAUGUUUAGAAAGAGUUGGAGGAGACAACUAAAAGUCUUGAAAAAGAAGAAAACAAUUUGAACAACCCAAGGCCUUGAAGUCAUAUCUCACACUACAACGAGGACAAUCAGGGGUGAGCAAAAUACCCGAAUUGAAAUUGGAACUAUUGGAUAUCUUGAUUUCAAUUUCGAAUAAGAAUCAAAACUAGCCUACCUUAAGAGGUUUCGGUUCCAAUUCUUUGGAACUGACAGUUUUUGGUGAGAACUGGAACCGAGGGUAAAUUUAUCUUUUGCUGUAAAAAAAUAAUUUAAUAUCAUCUUUAGAAGAUGAACUUGCAUCACAUUUUAAACC